UUGAGUAUCCGAGAAGAAUAGCUUAUCUAGUUAGGAAAGUAAUAAGGGUUCUUAUUUCUGCGCGACCCGUUGGACCUAACGCAACUAGCUAAGGACUCUGGAUUACGGAAGACAGCAGCCAUGUCCGGCACCUACAACGACUCUUUGGUUGACGUCUCCAGUGACAGCUUCUGGGAGAUCGGGAACUACAAGCGUGCAGUGAAGCGUGUGGAUGACGGGAACAGGUUGUGUAACGAUUUGAUGAACUGCAUACAUGAGCGGGCCCGUAUUGAAAAGGCGUAUGCUCAGCAGCUUACCGAAUGGUCCAAGCGCUGGAGACAGCUCAUCGAUAAAGGUCCCCAGUAUGGGACAUUGGAGCGAGCUUGGUGUGCUCUGAUGACUGAGGCCGAGAAGGUGAGCGACCUCCAUAUGGAGGUCAAGGCUGCACUGAUGGGUGAAGACUUUGAGAAGGUGAAGAACUGGCAGAAGGACGCUUACCACAAGCAGAUGAUCGGAGGCUUCAAGGAGACCAAGGAGGCUGAGGAUUCCUUCCGAAAGGCCCAGAAGCCCUGGGCCAAGAAGCUCAAGGAGGUGGAUACAAUGAAGAAGGCCUACCACGCAGCCUGCAAAGAAGAAAAGCUGGCCACCAACAGGGAGAACAACAGCAAGAUGGAGAACAGUGCCAAUCCUGAGGCCCAGAAGAAGCUCCAGGACAAAGUGGAGAAGUGCCAACAGGAUAUGCAGAAGACUAAGGAGCGCUAUGAGAAGUCUCUGGAGGAGCUGGAUAAGGUGACUCCUCAGUAUAUGGAGAACAUGGAGCAGGUGUUUGAGCAGUGGCAGCAGUUUGAGGACAAGAGACUGAGCUUCUUCAAAGAGGUCUUGAUGGAGGUCAAACAACACCUUGACCUCUCCACCAAUCACAAGUUCCAGAUUGUGUAUCAGACACUGGAGGACACAAUCCAAGCGGCUGAUGCAGAGGAAGAUCUGAAAUGGUUCCGAUCCAGUCAUGGUCCAGGCAUGCCUAUGAACUGGCCUCAGUUUGAGGAGUGGUCUGUAGACCUAAAUCGGACACUGAGUCGGAGAGAAAAAAAGAAGCCCAGUGAUGAAGUGACUCUGACAGGCAUCAGUCAAACAGUAGAGCGAGCAACCAAGACAAACAACAGCUUGACUGUGCCCAGUAGCACAGAGCCUGUGGGCUUAAACCCAUUCGAUGACGAUGAUGGUGAAGAAGAGGAGACUCCAGCGGAGCAGCCCAACAGCAGCCCAGUCAAUGUGAAAAAAGAGGAAGUUAUUUCCAAAAUUGUGGAGAAGACUCAGGAUUCCUCAGAUGAGGAUGGCGGGAACCCUUUUUCAGUGGACGCCAACGGAAAUGGGAAUCCGUUUGCAGAUGAGCCAUCAUCCCCUCCAGCAAUCUCUGUACCUGUCCGCGCACUGUAUGACUAUGAGGGCCAGGAGCAGGAUGAGCUGAGCUUCAAAGCAGGUGAUGAAUUUAUCAAAAUUGGGGAGGAAGAUGAGCAAGGAUGGUGCAAAGGGCGGCUGAAAGAUGGCCACGUGGGCCUCUACCCUGCCAACUAUGUGGAGGACAUUCAGUGACCAGAAAGGAGAAGAAGAGGGAAAGCGGGAUUGGGAGAAGGAACGAGGGGAGGGACAUUUUCAGCUGAGAGGAUGCUGCUCACUAUUGCGCCCUUGUGGUGGAGGCUGGACCGGCCGCUACAGUAUAGCAAAUGAAGCUCUGCGUUUUCACUUUUCUUGUACAAACCACCUUUUUGUGCAGAUCCUGGUACAGGUGCCAUACCAAGAUCUUAACCCAGGUAAAGGUUUUUUAACAAAUAUUGCAAAACUCAAGUCUGCACAAUAAGGCAGUUUCUAACCAGCAUCCACACAUUCAAAAGUUAAAUGUAUAUCCUUUCACAGGAAUAAUUAUUCCUUUGUGGAUGCCAACAACGGAGUUUUACUGUUUGACACACAGCUUAUUAAACACCAGUAUACCUUUGCUCAGUGUGACAAACCUCUGAAAGAUAGCCAUUAUGUCAGUUUUUAGUCUGACGACAGUUAAUUUGUCAAGUUCGAGGGUGAGCCAGAUGCAUUUAAAAAAAAACAACAAAAAACCUCCAUUGCAAUGCCUUUUCCAAUAAUUGUUGUUGGAGCAAUAGAAAGAGACUUUCAGUAUCUCAGACUUAAAUAUUUAGGAUACUGUUCAGAACAAAACAUCAGGGAUAUCUUGGAUUUGACAUUCAUUCUGCUGAUGUGUUGCACAAGGCCAAGGCUUCCAGCUUUGCUAAUAUGAAAUGCUGUUCUUCUGCAUGCCAUAACUUCAGGAAGUCAUUAUACUUAUUAUAAACCUGAAACCAGGUUUAGUAUGCCAAUUACCUUCUUGCCAAAACAUACAGCCUACAUUUUCAAAAUGGCACAUUAUUCAGAACAUUGAAAAUGAUGUGCAUGAACACAGGUGAUAUUACCACAGUUUAGUCUCUUGAUAUGUAUGAGGAAGUCUUGAGUUUUAUUUUCCAACCAAUCAAAUACAAGAUUUUAUUAUUUUUUAGUGUAUGUGCAUGUUCGUGUUCAUUCUGGUGUGGGUUGGGUAGGUGGGGGGGGGGGGUGUGUGAUUGAUCAAAUAAUCACACAUCCCACCUCCCACCCCCUUUUAUACUAGACUAAACGCUAGUUAGUUGUAGAGGGCCCCUUGCCGGAGGGAUUUUUUCACAGACUAGUUGAACAGGAGUCAUCAGAAGUGUUCUUAAUGGUGGCAUGACGCAAGUUCCUUGUUUGUUGUUCAUCUGUUCCUUGUAACAGAUCACUGGUCAGGAGUGUUCACAUCUUUCAGGAGGACAGUUGUUUCUUUUCCAAGCAGUCACUUGCUUCGAAUUUUUGUAGAGUUUUCUUUCAAACGUUUUGAAUGUUUGUUUUAUUGGGGGACAGAAGUUGUCACUUGAAGCUCUCAGCUUUUUUUAUAGCCUGCACUAGACAGUUUGCAGCAUCCACAUGGGAGAAAAUUCAAUUGCUUUUGUUAAAUGAUGGCAUAGUCAAAUGAUGUCCUCGCAUACAUAAUGUCUCUCCAAUAUGAAAUUAAAGGAAAAUGUAGUUGAUAGUAUUUCCGGCGUGUACAUGGCAAUGAGUUUAUGAAAAAAAAAAAAAAGCAUUUAAUUUAGUGUUUAAAUUAGGUGAUGGUAAUCAGAUAUAUUUUUAAAUUGACUGUUAAUUUAUAAAAUGCUGUAAGUGCUUCAGUUUUUGCCCAUGGACAAAUGCUGUGAUUCAGAAUUAGAAUAUAUAUUAAUUGAGCAUUUAUGACGUAUGAAUGUCAUGAGUAUAUAGUUUUGUUACAUUUGUAUAUAUGAAUUUAUUUCUUGCAGAUGGUUAUAUUGAGUUAUAUAGGCAUACAUAUCAGCAUGUAUUAGGAUGCACCUUUUUUCCCCUCUUUAUGAAAGCGCCUAUUCACAAGAUCAGUGGGCAAAUCAGAAUGAGAUUGCUACUUGGUAAAGAUAUAUUAAUGCCCUGAGGGAGAAGAGCAAACUUGCUUGUAAGUUUUGCUGUGAAUGAGGUGGCAUAUUAUUUUCAACUUCUGGAUUUUGUUACAUAAAUCAGCAGCUGUGCUUAGAUAGUGCACUUUGUUAAAAUUCUCUACUUGUGCCACCAGCAAAUAAACAAUUUUAAUUGAGAACA